GAGGGGAUUGAAGCAGUCUUUGCCACAAAAGUUCAGCCUUCACGCUCCAUUUUGCCUAAACUUUCCAGGGACAAGUCUCUGCAACAUCUCAUCUACAGCAAAGAAAACUCAACAUGGCUUUGGUUUCAGAGUUUCUGGGACAGCUAUCUCUCAAUGUUGCGCAUGAACCUCUGUACCCCACCGUGGUACCCGCUCGGGACUUUGACCCAGACAGAGAUGCUGCCAGAAUAGAGACUGCAAUCAAAACCAAAGGAGUGGAUGAGCAGACCAUCAUCGAUGUUCUAACAAAAAGAUCUUACUCUCAAAGGAGAGAAAUUGCUUUUGCUUAUGAAAAAAGAGCUAAAAAGGACAUGAUCACAGCUCUGAAAGCAGCAUUGUCUGGCAGUCUGGAAACUGUCAUCCUUGGACUGAUGAAGAGCACAUCCCAGUAUGACGCCUCAGAGAUCAGAGGAUCCAUCAAGGGUUUAGGAACAGAUGAGGAAACGCUGAUUGAGAUCUUGUGCUCACGCAGCAAUGAUGAGUUGGUUGAAAUCAAGAAAGUCUACAGUGACUUAUUCAAGAAAGAUUUGGCAAAAGAUGUGGCAGGAGAUACCUCUGGAAACUUUGCUAAGCUGCUUUUGGCUCUGGUGGAUACGAAGAGAGAUGAACCCAGUGCUAUUGUAGACUAUGAAAAGAUAGAUACAGAUGCCAGAGCUCUGUAUGAUGCUGGAGUGAAAAUAAAAGGAACCGAUGUCAACACCUGGAUCUCCAUUAUGUCUCAGAGGAGUGUCCCUCACCUGCGCAAAGUAUUUGACAAGUACAAGAGUUACAGCCCUUAUGACAUGCAAGAGAGUAUUGUGAAGGAAGUUAAAGGAGAUUUGCAGAAGUCAUUUCUUGUGCUAGUUCAAUGCUUUGAAAACAAGCAGCUUUAUUUUGCUAAAAAGCUGAAUGAAGCCAUGAAGGGGAAAGGAGCCAAAGAGAAGAUUGUGACCAGGAUUAUUGUGUCCCGCUGUGAGGUGGACCUGAAAAAGAUUUGUUCUGAAUACAAGGACACCUUCGGGCAGUCCCUGCAGCAGACUAUCACUGAACAUACCAAAGGAGACUACCAGAAGGCAAUGCUCAGCCUCUGUGGACCAGACCAGUGAUAGUUUUUUGACAUCCAAAGGGUUUUCCAAUCUCUUUUUACUGGAAAUAUGGCCAGACAGCUGCACAUUACAGCAUAAACAUAGAAGUACGGCAGUAAAGAAGGAAAAUAAAAUGUAGAACUUAAAAAUGUGCUAUUUAUGAUUAUUGCACCAGAUCAUUAAUAAAUUUUCUUUUCUGGA